UUCUUUUCAUUUGAUGAAGUGAGAGUGAUCUUUUACUUUGAAAAGUUAAUACUUCCGGAGUGUUCGUGCAGUCGGACGUCGCGUGGUCUCACCUGAGCGUACUGUUGCUUGAGGGGCGCAGAAAGACGCACGACGCAGCACACGUCUUCCCCUAAACUGGAGAGCGACAUUAAAACACCACCACCCACUCCAAUCUGGGCGAAAGGUCAUCAGUCAACAUGGCGGCAGUUGUUCUUCGAAGGCAAACUUUCAAGGCGUCAUUUCUUGUGUCACGCUUCCACACUUCGCCGGCUGUUCUUCAGCAGCCUCCACUUCCCCAGUCGCGCUUCUUCCCGCCACAGGAGACGCCCAUGCUUCCGCCCGACAGCUUCAAAGGCCGCGUGGCGUUCGUCACGGGCGGCGGGACGGGAUUGGGCCGCGCCAUGACGACCGCCCUGUCGCACCUGGGAGCGCAGUGUGUGAUCGCGAGCAGGAAGUUGGACGUGCUGCAGGAAACGGCUAAAGAGAUCAGUAACCAGACAGGAAACAAGGUCCAUGCGCUCCAGCUCGAUGUCAGAGAUCCUCAGGCUGUAAGUCGUUGUGUUGACCAGAUGGAGAGUCUGACAGGCUUACCUGAUGUGAUCAUCAACAACGCGGCGGGGAACUUUGUCUCCCCGUCGGAAAAUCUAUCAGCCAACGCCUGGAAGACCAUCACGGACAUCGUCCUGAAUGGAACCGCCUUCACCACCCUGGAAGUCGGCAAAAGACUCAUCCACACGGGCAAAGGCGCGUCCUUCCUGGCCAUCACCACGAUCUACGCCGAGUCGGGAUCGGGUUUUGUGGUUCCGAGCGCGUCGGCGAAGGCCGGCGUGGAGGCGCUGUACAAGUCUUUGGCAGGAGAGUGGGGACGCUACGGACUCAGGUUCAACAUCAUCCAGCCUGGACCCAUCAAAACCAAGGGGGCCUUCAGCCGUUUGGACCCCACAGGACAAUUUGAAGCUGGAAUGCUGAGUCGGAUCCCGACGGGCCGACUGGGAACAGCCCCCGAGGUUGCAAACCUGGCGACGUACAUGUGCAGCGACUACGCCAGCUGGAUGUCUGGAGCGGUGGUCCGCUUCGAUGGCGGCGAGUACGUGAUGAUGGCGGGAGAAUUCAACGAGCUACGCAAGGUAAGUGUUGCGCUCCGAUGCGUCUUUUUAUCGUAUUUUAACGACGCCGUCAACCAUCAGGUCACGCCUGAUCAAUGGAAGGUGAUGGAAAAGAUGAUCAGAAGCACCAAAGGAUCCUAAAAAGACUCAAAAGGCAACAGUGGACACGCCUACUUGAUGAUGUCAUUGCUUUUUGAAUAGUUGAAUUCAUCAAAAAUUUUACUGUCAUGUACUUUGCUGUGCAGUACUGUUGCUCUAGUACAGGGGUCGGCAACCCAAAAUGUUGAAAGAGCCAUAUUGGACCAAAAAUACAAAAACAAAUCUGUCUGUAGCCGCAACAAAUUAAAAGCCAUAUUACAUACAGCGAGUGUGUCAUGAGAUAUACAUUGAAUUGAGAUGACUUAAAGGAAACUAAAUGAGCUCAAAUAUAGCUACAAAUGAGGCAUAAUGAUGCAAUAUGUACAUAUAGCUAGCCUAAAUAGCAUGUUAGCAUCGAUUAGCUUGCAGUCAUGCAGUGACCCAAUAUGUCUGAUUAGCACUCCACACAAGUCAAUGACAUCAACAAAACUCACCUUUGUGCAUUCACGCACAACGUUAAAAGUUUGGUGGACAAAAUGAGACAGAAAAAGAAGUGGCAUAAAACACGUCCUAGAAAGUUAUACAUGUAAACAAACUAAGGUGAGUUCAAGGACCGACAAAAUUAGUAGGACAAAACGGCGCUCGCCAAAUACUCGAAUCAGUGAAGCAUGUUUAAUACAAACAGUGUGCUUUAUAACAAUUACGGAGGUUUGUGUCAUGUUUGUCCUCAUUCAGAAACCAUAUUAAAACAAAAUUAUUUUUUUUUUCCCCUCAUCUUUUUCCAUUUUUCAUACUAUUUUGAAAAAGCUUCAGAGAGCCACUAGGGCGGCGCUAAAGAGCCGCAUGCGGCUCUAGAGCCGCGGGUUGCCGACCUCUGCUCUAGUACAUGGAAAGGUUUUCCAGAUGUUCUUGCGAUGACACAAAGUACAUUUUCUACGGAUUGAUGUCUGUGAUAUCAAGUGACGUCACUUGUUAUGUCGGGCUGUAUCUUUAAAUCAUAUUUUGUUGCUGAUAUUAAUCGUUGAAUGAGCGUAACUAAUAAAUAUUAAAAUACGGACUGCCUGGAGUUCAGUGGAACCUCGAUUUGCGAACUUAAUGGGUUCUUGAACAUGGUUCGUGAAUACAAAAUUUAGUCUAGUGAAGCAAAUUUCUCAUUCAGAAAAAAUGUAAAUAUGUGAAGGAUUGUACACAAUAUCAAGUGCAAUACAGUACUGUAUGUCAAAAAUAACAUAACCAGGAGGUGAUGGAUCAACUUUCUCCUUAUUAACAAGCUGAACUGGGCUGUAUGCUCUGCCAACGCAGAAGUCCCUUUGGUGCCCUCACAAACAAUCAGAAAUCACAUAAAUCCCUAACUUUAACAACCAUAUUGCUAGAAUAAUAAAGAUUUAAAAAAGUAAAAUCCACCUACAUUGACAUCGGCAGAAGAGCUGCAGAGAAAGCAGCAGACAGAGGGAGAAG